GAAGACAGUGGUGGCAACCAUACUAUCCCCUCGAAAACAAAGGACCUUCAAAAAGAUAAGAAUUGGAGAUCCUCAGAAACGUACCAUUUCGAACCUUGACCUGCACCGACGAAUACCCCUUUGUAACGUUCUUCACACUUCGCACGACUUUAGACAUAUUGGGCAGUAGUGUAGUAGUUGUAUUUGUAGUAGUAAGAGUGGGCUCUUUUUUCUUUUUUUUAAAAAAAAAAAAUCGCAAUUAAAUAAAGCAAAUUCCCCCGCGUGGGAAUUAUGUCAGGUAUUUUUUUUUAAAUUGCGCAAAUGAAUCAAAAGACAGUGUGAGAAGGAAAGGUAGCCGGCCUUUUCUCCUUAUCGCGCUUUUUAGGCUGCGUUCGGGGGGGAAAUCAAUCACUUCAAUGCGGUGGUUGCCUCAGAAAGAAAACGGGGUGGUCGGAAAGGGAGGCAAAAUCAAUGACGGUUUGGGAGGGAAGGGAGAGAGGACCGUCAAGGAAGAAGAGAGGUCGGAAAGGAAGAUGGACCGAUUUAGAAAAAGGGAUGAAGAUGGUGGAGGCGAAGAUGAGAGAGAGAGAGGAAGAAAGAGGAAGAGGAAGAGAGGGGGAGUUAGAGUUGGAGGAGAAAAGAGAGAGAGAGAAAGUGACGAACUCGGGCUGUUCUGGCGUAUGACGACGAUCCUGCAAAGCACAGUCCCACCGCGGCUUUUCAGGGUCUUAGCAGAAGAUGAAGAAGACGAAGGAGAGAAGAUGAGGAUAUUAUCGCCAGAUUGACAGAUGGCCAGAAGACGAAAUCACCGGGGAAUUGGUGUUGUUUCUUUGUACACCUGCCGCGUAUCCGGCCGUUGACUUCAGGUAUGUAUGUCGAGAGAUGAUACCAUUCAAUGGUAGCAGGAAUAGUUACAAUUGAACUGACGGACAGAUACAGCAAUGACUUUCAUCGAUUUAGACGGCCAGAAAAGGAGAAUACUAGAUCGAAAUGUCUCCCGAUUCAGAAACUAGACAGACGCCCAUGUGGAGGAGAGCC